CUUAAGUAAACGAUCUCAAAAGCAAACCCAUUUUUGUUAUGUAAAGAGAGAAGAAGUGAGAGUUUUUGAUUUUUUAUGAACAAAAUGAAGAGAGAUCGUGGCCGCGAGAGGGGGGAGAGUAGUUCAGGAUCCAUGGCCGCAGCAGCAGCAGCCAACGGGGGGAUGAAACUGAAAGGAAAUAAACAGGUAUACGAGGAGGAGCAACAGCCGGACGCCGGGAUGGACGAACUUCUUGCCGUUUUAGGGUACAAGGUCAAAUCAUCUGACAUGGCCGAGGUUGCCAGGAAGUUCGAGCGGCUUGAGAUGAUGAUGAUGGGCACGGCUGAUCAGGAGGAUGGGUUUUCUCUGCUCAACAACGAUACCGUUCACUACAACCCGGCUGAUCUUUCCGGCUGGGCACAGAGCAUGUUAGAGCUCAAUGGAGGAGGAGGAGGAUUUGAUGUUAUCCAGACUUCUAAUUCAUCCAUCAUCGACGAAUCUCUGUUUGAUUUCUCCAAUCCUAUGCAAGGUAAUCAGAUUUUUGAAGACAACUCUGAGUACGAUCUCAGAGCUAUUCCAGGAGGAGCAAUCUGUAAUCAGAGUGGACAACCCGAUAAUAAACGGAUGAAAUUUUCGCCAAAUCUGGCUCACGAUGGUCAGCUAGCUCUGCCGCAGCAGUCGGACGUGGCGCGAACGAUGGUUAUAGUUGAUUCUCAGGAAGCAGGUGUUCGACUCGUACACACCCUCAUGGCAUGUGCCGAGGCGAUUCAACAGGCCAAUCCGAAGCUCGCCGACGCUUUGGUGAAACAUGUCGGACUUCUGGCAGUGUCGCAGUCAGGUCCGAUGAGAAAAGUCGCUACUUACUUCGCCGAAGGUUUAGCUCGGAGAAUCUACAAGAUCUACCCUCCUCAAGAGGCGGCUAUAGAAACUUCCUAUACCGACAAGCUUCAGAUGCACUUUUACGAGACCUGCCCUUAUCUCAAGUUCGCCCAUUUCACCGCGAAUCAGGCGAUUUUCGAGGCCUUUGAAGGUAAGGAUAGAGUACACGUCAUAGAUUUCAGCCUCAAACAGGGGAUGCAGUGGCCGGCGUUGUUACAAGCACUUGCCCUUCGCCCUGGUGGACCGCCGGCUUUUCGUCUCACCGGAAUCGGCCCUCCUCAGCCGGAUAACACCGACGCUUUGCAGCAGGUUGGUUUGAAGCUCGCUCAGUUAGCUGAAGCAAUCGGCGUUCAAUUCGAGUUUCGUGGGUUCGUCGCCAACAGUUUAGCGGAUUUGGACGCAGCGAUUUUGGACAUCCAACCUAGCGAGUUGGAAUCGGUUGCUGUAAAUUCGGUUUUCGAACUCCACCGCCUACUUUCCCGACCCGGCGCGGUUGAGAAAGUUCUGUCGUCGAUAAAAGAGAUGAAACCCAAGAUCGUGACGAUUGCUGAACAGGAAGCUAACCACAACGAGGACGAGUUCAUGGAUCGAUUCAACGAGGCGUUGCAUUACUAUUCGACCAUGUUCGACUCGCUUGAGGGUUCCGGGUUGACUCAACAAUCGAAUUCCCAAGAAGACGUUCUGAUGUCGGAGGUGUACCUAGGGAGGCAGAUCUGCAACGUGGUGGCGUGCGAAGGAUCGGAGCGAGUUGAGCGACACGAACCGCUGACUCGGUGGAGAGAACGGAUGAACUCGGCCGGAUUUCUUCCGGCUCACCUGGGCUCGAACGCGUUCAAGCAGGCGAGCAUGCUGUGUGCCCUGUUUUCCGGCGGAGAUGGGUACGCGGUGGAGGAGAACGACGGUUGUCUGAUGCUGGGUUGGCACACUCGCCCAUUAGUCGCAACCUCAGCCUGGCAACUCGCCGCCGUUUAACGAGUCAACUCGGCUCGGCUGGGCUGGACAAAGAAAAGAAUAUAAAUAUGUCGAUUCAACUAUGCGGCCGCCAUCAAGCCUGGACCCACAGGCCACGCCAUAACAACCGCUACUCGUGUGCUGGUUUGCUGACUAGGCUGCUUCAAUAAGACAGGAGAGAGAAAGAGAGAGGAGAGAGAAACAGUCAAGGUCUUGUUUGUUUGUUUUUUUUAUUUUAGUUUUGGGGGUUUUCUUUUCGGAUAAAUAAAUAAUAAUAAUAUAACCUCCUUUUGUGUUGUA